AUGCUUCACCAGCACAUGGCGCCCACAGCCCACGCUUUCGCCCUCCUCAUGGAGCUGUGCCUGCAGAGAAACAUGCCGAAGGAGUGCCAUUCUCUGUUCAAGGAUAUGCAGAGACGCGGGGUGAAGCCGUCGCCGGUGAACUACGAGCUCAUGAUCAAGUCUCUGGCGAUGGAGAACCCGUCGCAGUGGGAGAUGGCGAUCGUGAUCUUUGACAAACUCUCGCGGGAACGGAACACCCCACGCAUCAAUGCCAAGACAUACAACGCCCUUAUGACGGUGUACACGAACAUGGAGCCUUUUGAUUGGCGUGUGGUGUAUAAUUGUUACCUUGAAAUGCGCAGGCGAACCCCGCGGAUUCCGUUGGAAUGGGAGAGCUACCUGAUUCUUCACGGGGCACUUCUGAAGGGAAAGGCUGGGCAUGUGCGACGGUUCUUGGCGCUUUUUGACGCGUGGGUGGCCACCACAGAUUUGGCUUCUUGGGGCUUUGUGAAAGGCUUCCUCAUUUAUAUUGCUGUGGUAUUUGUCAUCAAGUCCAUUUUGGGAUAUUUACUCAUUUGGUGUCUUAAGCCCACGUCGACAUCAAAAUCUUCGGAAGCAGGGGAGUCUAUUCUGCCUUCCUAG